AUGCCACCUUCAACUCACACUUAUAUGUCUAAGCAGACGUUAAACCAAACUGAAGGUCAAUCAAAAGAAAAGGUUUCCUUUAGAGUUGGCGAUAUAAUCAGCCUAGAUCUUGAAAAAUAUGAACGUAAAAUAAAAAGUAUAAAAAUUAGGGCACGGUCAGAAUUGGACAUUUUUGAAUGGUCAAAGCGUGGUUACUCUAAAAAUAAUUAUUGGAUACCACCAUCCGCAGACAAUGUUGUUCGAAUUGAGGAAUCAAACGUUUCUCGAGAAGAAUUUAUUGAGAAAUUUGAAGUACCUGGUUUACCAGUUGUUAUUAAUGGAUGUACAAGAGGCUGGCCAGCAGAGGUUAAGUGGAAUAGGGAGACACUUCUUAAAAAAUUUGAGGAUUACAGAUUUAAAGUUGGUGAAGAUGAUAAUGGAGAUCCUGUUCGAAUGGCAUUUAAAUAUUACUUGUAUUAUUUAGAAAAUGAAGCUAUCAAGGAUGAUAGUCCCUUAUAUAUAUUUGAUUCAUCAUUUGGCAAGCUAAAAAGGUCAGUGCAACAAGCUGAAAAAACUAUUUUGAAAGUCUCUCCAUUUGACUUUUCGUCGGAAGUUUCUACUGACAACCAAAACAAAUCCGAGGAGCCAAAGGAAAAGCAGCCAAGAUUCCAUCGUCCAUGCUUAUUAAAGGAUUAUAAAGUUCCUAAAUAUUUUGACGAUGAUCUUUUUCGUUUAACGGGUGAAAAGCGUAGGCCACCAUAUCGUUGGUUCGUCCUUGGCGGUGAAAGAAGUGGUACUGGAAUACAUUUUGAUCCAUUAGGCACUUCUGCUUGGAAUACUUUAUUAGUUGGACAUAAAAGAUGGUGCCUCUUUCCACCUUCAACUCCUCGUAAAAUAAUUGAUCCAAAAUUGAAAGGUUUGGAUCAUGAGGCAGUAUCAUGGUUUACUCAUGUCUAUCCUAUAUUAGUUAAAGUUGAUAAGGAUCAAAGCAGAAGCUUUGCUGAGGAGUUUGAAAUGGUUCAAGUGUUGCAAAAACCUGGCGAAACUGUGUAUGUCCCAGGAGGAUGGCAUCACGUCGUUAUGAAUCUGGAUUUUACUAUAGCUGUCACUCAGAAUUUUUGUUCGCCAACUUCAAUUGAGCAUGUUUGGUUGCGUACAAGGAAUUCGCGUCCGAAACUUGCACAAAAACUUUUAAAUAAAUUUACAAAUUUGUCGAAUAUUGGAGACAGUAGUUCGUUUGUUGAUGAUUAUGAAUUGGAGGUAAGUGAAACUCAAAGUGAAACAGAUGAUAGUGAUGGAGAAUGUCUUUGUUAUACUUGUAGAGAAAAUGGAAAAAGAUAUAAUGAUAGAAAAAUUAAUGAAGAGAUCAGAAAAAAGAAAAGAAAAAAAGAAGAGUAA